GACCACUACAAAACCCCAAACACAGCGGCUGUGCCUGUUCGAAGCGAAAAGCGUUAGAAAUCUAUCCGAGGUGGGACCAAUACUAGAGGAUUUGCGCACAAUUUCGUCCAGCAGCUGAGCUCUUUCACCAUUGUACCAUGGAGUUUCCAGAUCUCGGGGAGCACUGCUCAGAGAAGAGCUGCAAACGUCUCGAUUUCCUUCCCAUGAAAUGUGAUGCCUGUGAAGACAUUUUCUGCAAAGACCACAUAACUUAUGCAAAUCACAAGUGCACUUCAUCAUACAAGAAGGAUAUCCAGGUUCCUGUAUGUCCGUUGUGCAACACCCCCAUUCCCAUUAGAAGAGAGGAAAUGCCAGACAUCAAAGUUGGGGAACAUAUAGACAGGGACUGCAAAUCUGACCCUGCUCAGAGGAAACGAAAGAUCUUUACAAAUAAAUGCUCCAAGGGCGGCUGUAAGCAGAAGGAAAUGAUCCGGGUGACAUGUGACCAGUGCCACUUGAACUACUGUCUCAAACAUAGACAUCAACUCGACCAUGACUGUAAGACUGACGGCAAGCCAGUCUCCAAAUCAGGGCAUGCUGCUUUAAUGAAAGCUCAAGCCUCCUCUUCCAGUAACUCUGCGGCAUCAUCCACUAGGGGGAGCUCUAGGACCGUGUCUAAUGGAGUAACUGGACGCAUUAGACCUCAGAGCAGUAGUGCACAAAGGAUAAAUACUUCUCCGAUGGUGUCUCCAACAGCGCAGAAUGUAAUUCCCCCAUCAGCGUCAUUUCAAGUCGGGCUGACGGAGGAACAGGCCCUCCAGAGAGCAUUAGAAAUGUCACUAGCUGAAUCUGCUCGGGCAAGCCAGCCUACCCUAAGCCCUCAGGAGCAGGAGGAUCUGGCCUUAGCACAGGCUCUCGCUGCUAGUGAAGAAGAAUACAGGCGACAGCAGCAGAGACAACAGGUAGCCAGAAACCUUAGCAGUCAGUAGCAUACUAUGCUAACAGGACCUCCUCUAGAGAGGAGUUUUCAAAGAGACCAGCUGCUGUCUGUCUUAGUGUGAGGUGACACUGACCAACUGUAAUCUGCCUCAAUCUGCACACAAGCACCAAUAAUGUACCAGUGAGCUGCACGUGUCUAGUGGAGUCCAGCAUACAAAGCUUCUACAUCCCAAAUCAACACAUCUGAUGGCUGUUAUGUUGUCGUUGUUUUGCGUCACUCUGUAGUGUGCUUCUUAGACGGGCAAUUGUGCCGUUUUGGCGAGUGGUGCUUCAUGUAAAUAUUUUAUAUAGCUAUCAUAUUAAGCUGUCAAUCAAUGUAGAUGUCUUUUGAAAUA